AGCCAUAGAACGAACGACACCACCCACGCGACAAUGAGCACCGAGGCGACCCCGACAGUAGACGAAGCCAAGACCGAGUGGCGCUCCGGGCGACUGCAGUGGUCGAACCAAGCUGAGCAUAAACUGAAGCAAGAGCUAAACGCGACGGCCCUGGCAAAAUGCCGCGACAGGACCUCAGCCUUCCACGAAUGCUCCAAGGAACAUGGGUUGAUGGUAGUGUUCAAGUGCCGUGAACAGAACCAUGCGUUGAACGAGUGCUUGCAUGAGUACACGAGCAAAGAAGCGCUGGAAGCCCUCAAGGCCGCAAAAGUGAACGACAUCCCCGUCGUGAUCAAGGAAGUCCCGCGCAAGAAGUACUUUGAACAGUAGAGCCCCCACGCCUGCCUCGUGCUUCGUCGCCUAGCCUACUGCGACCGCCGCUCUUUGGUUUAUAAUGAUCAUGACACUAGACACACAGAGUUGCUGUUUACACCUCAACUAACGAUCGAGUAAUCCCUCGAGUAUGCAAG